CAUUCUGAAGCUCUGGUGGUUCUUUUCUCAAGUUCAAACUCUCACUGCAAAAAUACACUCAUUAGUUCUACUAUGAGGUUCUAAAACUUCAGUCUCCAACAGUUGGAUUUGCCUUUUCUGACAGUAGAAGUAUUUAUAAUUGUCUUUCCAUGUAGACGUUGAUGGCAGUGACUGAAGCGUGUCCUACCCUUUUGUUACUAAGAUAAACAAAAUGGGAGGAUGACCCCAAUUGUAUCUCAGUAGUAUUUCUGAGAAGUUCUAUACAACAUACUUCACGUACUUGGAAUAUUUUUUUGUUUUAGUGUUUCCUGUACUCUUUCCAGUAAUAGUUUCAUCUUGAAUCUGAUUAAAUGAAAAAUCCUGAAUUACUUUAGAGUCUUUAUUCAAUCAAUGAAAUAGAAUACAGGAUGAGACAACCCUUUCACCUCAAUCAAUGUUGCAUUUAAAUAUAAUGCACUCAUCUAGAAACUUGUUUUGGCAUUCCCUUGGUGCAACAGAGAGAGCUCAUCAGGCCAGCCUUUGAACUGACAGCAAAAUCAACAUCUCCAUGUUUUCUCUCUAUUCGGUGUUUAUUUUGGAAAUUAUUUUUAAAAAGCCCAAACCAACAAACAACUAAACAAAACAUGCAAGGCUGCUUUGUUAAGCAUCAAAUCAAUAAUUAAAAUUUAUUUUCACAAUUAAUGGUAAGCAGUGUACUGAUACAGCUGCAAAUCUAGUUUUAGUAUGUCUUUGGAAGCAUAGAUUUACUCUUGUGUGUGCUCUCAAGUGUUUUCUCAGCCCAGAAUACAGUCUGCUCUGUAUUCCUGUCCUUGUCUCCCCCUCCCAGUUCUCUUCUAGCACCAGGAAAAUACCAAGCUGUUUCCUUACUCCAAAAAGCAGAGCAGGUACCUUGCAGAGGCUGGCAAACACUUCCUGUCUGACACCCCAACAGCAUGUGAGGUCAAUGGAUAUCUCCAGAAUGGGCAAGGAAAAAGCUUGUAUUGACCAAGCAGAUAUGGAUCAGAAUAAUAAGAUUACAGUCAGCUGUUUGGGACUGGUGAAGUAGGAAGUAAAACUUUCUACAGUGUUAAAAUAGAAGGGCCCCACUUUCAGUUCCUGGUGAUUUCAGGUGUACACAGAUCCUGGAUAUUUUUUAAUUGAAUAAGCUGUAUCCUGCUGACCAAAAAAACAGAUUUGCAUUCUCUUUUUUUUUUUUUUAAUUUCCUUCCUUCCUCAUUGGAAGAGCACAGUAGUGGCUCCCUGUUCACUUCAAUGUCAGUUUGCUGCUAAUGGGUGUAAGUAAAUUAGAUGUCUUGUACAGAAAGCUUCUCCUCACUAAACUUUUCAUCAGAGGAUGGGGAAAGCCAGAGGAUCUGAAAAGAAUAUUUGAAUUCAGAAAGAUUAUUGGAAACAGGGAAAAAUGCCAGACGCUGGUUUCGAAAGAUUACCCAGUGUUCAUUGACAAGGUUGAGGAGCAAUCCGACUGUAAAAUCCUUGAGGGGCACUUCAUUUCCCCAAUGGCUCAUUAUGUCCCAGGUAUCCUGCCAGUCGAGUCUCUUGUAGCAAGAUUUCAGUUCAUCAUACCCAGAAGAUGGAAUAGCAAGCACAGACCUGUGUGCAUUCAUUUAGCAGGCACUGGAGAUCAUCACUUCUGGAGGAGACGCACAUUAAUGGCACGCCCAAUGAUUAAAGAAGCCUGUAUGGCUUCCCUAUUGCUAGAAAAUCCUUAUUAUGGCUGCAGAAAACCUAAGGAUCAAUUACGGUCAUGUUUAAAAAAUGUCUCGGACCUGUUUGUGAUGGGAGGAGCUCUUGUUCUAGAAUCGGCAGCUCUUUUGCACUGGCUAGAGAGAGAAGGAUAUGGACCUCUAGGGAUGACUGGAAUAUCCAUGGGAGGACAUAUGGCUUCACUGGCAGUGACAAACUGGCCUAAACCGUUGCCACUGAUUCCAUGUCUUUCCUGGUCAACAGCUUCUGCAGUCUUUACUACGGGUGUGUUGAGCAAGGCAGUGAACUGGAGAGAGCUAGAGAAACAGUAUUUUACACAAACUGUUUAUGAAGAAGAAAUCAUUCAAAUGCUUGAAUACUGUGGUACGGAUUCUUUCAAGAUGGGACAAGACUUUGUUAAAAACUUCCCAGACAGUGUGGACAGUCUGGAGGAUGUGGACAUGACAUCCAGAAUGUUCAACUUUGAUUCCUCAAACAAGACUGUCUCUAAAGAAGCUGUUCACAGCUUUACCACGAGUAAAAGUACUCUAAGUGCCUCAUCAGAAAGACUCUUAAUACAAGAUUCUCCUAAAAUGCAGUGCAUAAAUCAAACAUUUUCAACUAGUAGCAAUAGCAAUAAGAACUUAACCAGCCAACAAGGGCACAGGGUAAAUAAAAGAAGAAAGAGUGACACUUUACAGAGAGAAUCCUUAAGGUUCAUGAAAGGAGUAAUGGAUGAAUGUACCCAUGUAGCUAACUUCUCAGUUCCAGUUGACCCAAGUUUAAUCAUAGUUGUACAAGCUAAGGAAGAUGCAUAUAUUCCUCGAACUGGGGUGCGCAGUCUUCAAGAAAUCUGGCCUGGAUGUGAAAUUAGAUAUCUGGAGGGAGGCCAUGUCAGUGCCUACCUCUUCAAACAAGGACUCUUUAGACAAGCGAUUUAUGAUGCAUUCGACCGCUUUCUUCAGAAAUACGCAGUUUAAAAGUCUUCAUAAUGUAUUCAAACUGAUGUCAUUUGUACUUCCGCUUACUGGAACUCAUAUUUGGAAAACAAGCCUCUUGCAACAUUGAGUAGAUGGUCACUGACUUUGACUGUUGUAGGUAACAAUUAUCAAAAAUGGUAAAGUACCAGCAUUACCUUCAUUUCAACCAAAUGCCAUUCUGACACACUUGCUUCAGCUUUACCUGUGGAAAAAAAAAAAGGCAGCAUUUGUUAGUGCAUGAAUGGUUCAUGUACUUCAUGUUUAAUCACGUUGUGUAUUCCUUUAAUUCUGAAUAAAUUCUGAAUUGUGUAUCAGUUGAAAACAGACCAAUCUAAGUAUUGAAAGAAUGUAAAAUUUGCUGUAGGGCUAAGAUGCUGUCUUGUGUUCAGUGUAUUUCUAGUUUGUUCCGGGUACAUUGGUUUCCUCUCGCUUCCUUGUCCCCUUGCUACUGUGUUGUACUAUGGCUUUUCCAGCACUCGACCUCUUGUGUUUGUCACUGAUUUUCUCUAUUAUGUAUAGAAAAUGAGCUAUAAUAGAAGGGGCAGCAUCAAAUCUUGCAAAAAGCCUUUCAAAAUUCAAUUAAGAGAAAGAGAGACACUUUCAUUCAGUAAGUCCAUGAGAUUUCUUUCUGCCACUGAAUUAAGCGGUGCCAUUCCAGAAGAAUCAUGUAGCAAUUCAUUGAUCAGUUUCACUAAACUGGAAUAAGUGAAAAUGGAGUGUCUAGUAAUAAAUUGUUUACAUAUAUUCGGUUGGAUAACAAAAACUUUUUCUUCUAGACUUUAUUUUUUUGAAUGCUAGAGGAAAUAAAAAUGUAAUUAUUUUUCUUUAGAAGCAGUGGCACAAAGUCUGAUUUUAAGCAGUUAAAUCAACAGCAGAUUAUAUGGUGCUAUAAAGACCUGUUGGAAAUAUUUCGACAGAGGUCCUUUUUAAAGUGCAUUCAGUGCUGAUAUGCAAAAUACAGUUUCACUGUGUAAUAUUAAAAAUGUAUUUGAGACUAAGGAGUAUCAAAACAUUUAGGUUAGCUCCUUAUUUCCAACACCAUUUUUUUUUUAAAUUGAAUGGAAAAAAAAAAUUAGGAUUAUGAACACGUUUAAGAAAAUCACAAGUACGUUGUUUCCUCUUUGGGGAUCAAUCACGCCAACAAAUUACAGUAGAAUAAAAAGUUAUCACGCAUCAGCUGUAUGUGGGAUCUGUCCACACCUUAUUUUGUGUUAAUCUCAUAUAACAUUCUUUUAAAACUAAUUGGCAGAGAAGCUGAAAACUGCAAUACUUUAAUAUUAAAUUUUAGUAUAGUAAUGACCAGAGAUACUCAGAAACAAACUAGGAAAAAUCCAUCCAUUUCUUGGGAUAUGUGACUUCUACACCUUUCAAAUUAUUCAUUGAUCUCCAUGGUUAGCAUGAUGGUUUUUAAUAGGCAGAGUAUGAAGCAAACAAAGCUCAUUUUAUACGUGUAUAUUCUCUUGAGUUUUAGUCUGGCAGACAGGACUACUAGCUGGGAAGAAAUUGUGGUUCACUUGAAAAUCAGAUAAGUUCAGGUAAAACCUAAGUGCAACAACUUGUAAUAAUCCAAAUUAUUUAACAGAGACAUUUUCUGAAAAAUGCAGAAGUUGUUAUAUUCUGUUGGACAUUUAAUUGCUUGUUUCAAGUGGUUUUUCAUUGUUUCUUUAGACGAUGUUGUUUUUAUAGAUGUUCUUAUCAAGUGUGAAGCACAUUUAACUAUAGUAAAACACUGAAUGUUGGAAAGUUUGAAAUCAAAUAUAAGCUUAUAAAUUUAAAGUUGAAUACUUAAAGGUAUUUACAUUGAAGGUACUUAUGAGGUUUACAUUUUACAAACUCAUUCAUAAACUAAGAGUGUUUUACAAGACCACUCUCUGCUGUUCAGCAACUUUUUUAGAUCUCACUUUUUAAAUGUAUUUGUGUGCUUUCUGUCUUGUUUCUGUUGCAGCUCUGGGACAGGGAGAUGACUGGUGGCAAGGGAAAGGGCUUGAAUAAAUGGAAAGAGAAAAGGCAGAUUUUGUAAGGUGGGGAGUAAGCACAAAAAGAAAUCAACUUCUCUAUGCUACAAAGUAUUAACACGCCAAAGUAAAUAUUUUCAAAGCGCACAAUACUAGGAAUUACACAACUGAUGGGAACUUGACAUCCUGAGGUUAGUGUUCUGCUGGUAUUACUAACAAGGUUUAACUUGCCAAAAGGGCAUACUAUUCACAGAAGCAGAUUUAUGCUAAUGUAACUCCUGUUUGUGAGAGUGUCUUUUGGGAUAAGUAGUGAAAGACUGGUCUCUAAUGAGAAUGAGAAAUCACACUUUGCUAUGUAACUAGAGUAAUGUUGCCAAAUAUGACAGCCCAGUAAGAAGCAUUUAACAAAUUUCUCAGGUUAGAAUAACAAAAAGGAAAAAUGAGCUAUGUGGUCUGUUUCUGCCAGUUAUCAGACACAGAGAGCUAUCAGCUGGUCUGUGAAGGGGAGGAAUCUUGCUGUGUAAAUGUUUUUAACCUUUGGAAAACUGACUUUUUAAACCAGAUUUUAAGGCUAAAGAAAGUGUUAUUAAUAAUCCAUUUUGAUGUUAAAUGAGAAUGUGGUUUUAAUCCCGCACUUGCAUGACAAAAAUAUUGGAAUACGGUUCCUGCACUAAAUCCAAAUAGCAGGGAAGCCAUUCUGUAUGACUCAAUUUUACUGUAAAACUGACCUUGAUCAUUUUUUUGGUUUUAAUGUUUUUCAAUAAAAAUAAUUUUAAAAAUCCCA